AUGACUACGGCUACUGAGUCCUCAGCACAAGCCAGCGAGCAGCUGAAGUCGGUCGAGGGCGCCGAGCGGCCACCCAGUGCUAAUGGCUCUGACGGCGAGAGCGAACGCACUCGCGAAAAGCUGAAGAAGACUUCAAUCGCUGGCCUCUCACAGCACACCCGCGAGAAGACCUUUGGUUCGGAGGCAGACCCGGCUUCAUCAGACCACACCAGUACAGAAGCGCCCCCGACAGAGAACGGCUUUGGUCGCGGCCGACCGUCUAAGAAGCGGUCCUUCGAGGAUAUCAAAGACGAGCAGGCAAGCCCAGCAGAGAACACAGAGACGAAAGGCAGAGGCGCGCACAAGCGUAUGAGAUCUAGGGAAAUCACACACGAUGCUGAGGUCGCACCAGCAUAUACCGCUGCAGACGCUGGCAGUCCCUUGCAAGAAGAAGCGGAUGCUGAUGUGGCCGAUGCGCCUGGUGGACCAGGUGUCAUGAUCGAAGCCGACGUGCCGACCGACACCAAUGCGCAGACAGCACAAACCGUUGAGGAGAAGAUCCUGGACAUGGAAGACACCACAAAUGAGCCUGUCGUUGGAGUCGGCAAAGGGACUGGCUUGCCCAGCACAGCCGUCCAGGAUCCCUCGUCAGAUAAGCCAAACCAGAACGCUGCCGGCCUACCAAGUAAGACGACACCCACCGCAAGCUCUGGUUUCUCGAAUACAUCCUCUGCCUCACCAUUCGGCGCCGUGAAGUCUCCGCCCAAGGACGCCGAAGAAAAUGUUGCAUCUCCCAACUCCAGCACAACAUCAACCUCGGCUUUUGCUUCCUCAGGGCUGGCUGCCUUUGCUUCCCAAGACAAGUCUCCUUUCGGUGCAUCAGGCUCUACAAAGUCUACAGGUGGAUUUGGUGGCGGUGGCUCCAGCUUUGGUUCUGGUGGGACAGGCUUCGGCAAGGCUACUGUUGGUGGUGGGUUCGGAAGUGGUGGCGGGUUUGGCGGUGGUGCUGCUCCUUCAUCAUUCGGCGGUUCAGCCCCGUCGCUCUUCGGUGCUAAAAGCGCUUUUGGUGGAGGCGGGUUUGGUGGCUCAUCAUCCAAUUCAUUCGGAGGUAGCUCAGGCUUUGGUGGUGGUGCAGCGCCCAAGUCAUUCGGUGGUGCGCCGUCUGUCAUCGGUGCAAGUCACACGAAAGCGGAAGAAGAUGAUGAGGACGGUAGCGGCGAUGAGGAAGAGGCAGGUGCCACGGGACCGGCUGAGGAGGACAAGCCAGACAGCCGGUUCCACAAGCAAGAUGUCGAGACCGGCGAAGAAGGCGAACAGACCAUAUUCAGCGCGAGGGCAAAGCUGUAUCACUUUGAUGAAAAGCAAUGGAAGGAGCGAGGCACCGGUGUCAUCAAGGUCAACAUACGGCAAGAAAAGACUACGAAGCCCGACGAGAGCGAGGAUGACCAUGAGCAAGAUCCUGAAGCUGGCGAUUAUGAUGACGUUGACAUAAAAGCUCGCGUCAUCAUGCGAUCUGACGGUGUACAUCGUGUGAUUCUGAACAGCCCUGUGUUCAAGGACAUGAAGGUUGGCACAACUGACGGUGAUGAGCCAUCAGGAAAGACGAUGUAUCUGACUGGUAUGGAUGAGGGAAAGCCGAGGCUGUUCCAGAUCAAGAUGGGCAAAGAAGACACACUCCGCGAACUCUACUUCAGAAUUUGCGAGUUCCGAGAUGGUCUAUAG